CAUUAAUAAAUUAAAAUGACAGACGUAGUCAAAAUUGAUGUCACCAAGUUGACACCUUUGUCACCCGAGGUCAUCUCUAAGCAAGCCACCAUCAAUAUUGGUACUAUUGGUCACGUAGCUCACGGUAAAUCUACUGUUGUUAAGGCUAUUUCUGGUGUCCAAACAGUUCGUUUCAAGAAUGAGAUGGAGAGAAAUAUUACUAUCAAGCUUGGUUAUGCUAAUGCAAAGAUUUUCAAAUGUGAAAACCACGAAUGUCCCAGACCUGGCUGUUACAAGUCUUAUGGUUCUUCCAAGGAAGAUAAUCCUUUAUGUGAACGUCCUGGCUGCGGUGGCACCAUGGAACUCGUUCGUCAUAUCAGUUUUGUUGAUUGCCCUGGUCACGAUAUUCUCAUGACUACUAUGCUUUCCGGUGCAGCUGUUAUGGACGCAGCUCUUUUAUUAAUUGCCGGUAACGAAAGCUGUCCUCAACCUCAAACAUCUGAGCAUCUUGCAGCCAUUGAAAUUAUGAAGCUUCAACAUGUUAUUAUUCUUCAAAACAAGGUUGAUCUUGUAAAGAAGGAAGCAGCACAUGAACAACAUCAAGAUAUUCUUGCAUUUGUCAAGGGUACUGUUGCUGAUGGAGCACCUAUUGUUCCUAUUUCUGCUCAGCUUAAAUACAACAUUGAUGCUGUCAACGAAUAUAUCACCAAGAAGAUUCCUGUUCCUAUUCGUGAUUUCUCUGCUGAACCUAGAUUGAUUGUGAUUCGUUCUUUUGAUAUUAACAAACCUGGUGCUGAUGUUGAUCACCUCCAAGGUGGUGUUGCUGGUGGUUCCAUCUUGAAGGGUGUCCUCAAGAUUGGAGAUAAUAUUGAAGUACGUCCUGGUGUCAUUAUUAAGGAUUCAGAGGGUCGUAUUCGUGCUCGUCCCAUCUUAUCCAAAAUCUUGACCUUGGCUGCCGAGACAAACAAGUUAGAAUUUGCUGUUCCCGGUGGUUUAAUUGGUGUUGGUACUCAAAUGGAUCCCACCUUAUGUCGUGGUGAUCGUUUAGUUGGUCAAGUAUUGGGUUAUCCCGGUACAUUACCUUCCAUCUACACAGAACUUGAAAUCUCUUACUUUUUGUUGCGUCGUUUAUUGGGUGUCAAGACUGAUGAUAAGAAACAAGCAAAGGUUGCCAAGUUAACCAAGGGUGAAUUACUCUUGGUCAACAUUGGUUCUGUCUCCACUGGUGGUCGUGUUGUUGGUGUCAAGGCUGAUCUUGCAAAGAUCAUUUUGACCGGUCCUACCUGUACUGAAGUUGGUGACAAGGUUGCCAUUUCAAGAAAGAUUGAAAGACAUUGGCGUCUUAUUGGUUGGGGUAAGAUCAAGCGUGGUACUGUUCUGGAAGCAGAAGCAAAUUAAGAUAGAUUAUCUUUUGAGCCAAAAUAAAUUAAAAAAAGU